AUGACUCAUUCGUUGAGAAUCCCAAUUAGAGCUCUUAGUUUGUUAUCCUCCAAAAUGAGGAAUUUAGCAAAAAUUCUCACUGUUUUGCUUCUCAUCUUCUUCGUGUUCACUGCACCAUCCACAGCCGAUAUCAAAUCUGUGAAAAUCCGAUCUGAUGACCGAGAUCUGAUAGUCUUCGAGGAGUUCACAUUCACACAUACAGGCAACGUCUCGGUUGCCAUAUCCUCCGUUUCAGUUUCCUCUAUACAGGUCACCUCCAACUUAUCACGACCUGAUCUUUCACGUAUUGGUUUCUUCCUUGUCUCGGACGAUGCAUUAGACUAUAUGUAUUACUACGAAAGUGUUUCAUGUUACCUGGAUUCUAAAUACAUCGCACUUCUAUUUACCUUCCAAGAUAUCUCCCCUCUUCCUCAGUCUUCUUUCAACAAAUCAUAUGCUGUGACAUAUCCGAAUUUAUACUCACUCAGAUUCGCCAACUGUAACCCUCUAUCUCGAGCAACAAUGGACGUCCGGACAGAGUUGUAUAACAUCCAUAAUGGCACUACCAAAGACUACUUAUCAGCUGAACAAACGAUGAUCCCAUCUAUUUUCUUCACCUUCUCCAUCAUUUAUCUGUGUUUUCUAGCGGUUUGGGUGUUGGUAUGCAUCAUGAACUAUCGAUCAGCUCACUGGAUUCAUUUACUACUGGGUGAGUUGCUUGUUAUGAAGGGGCUUAACUUGUUAUGUGCAGCCAUGGUCCAACAUUCUAUAAAGGUUACAGGUACUCCUCCUCUUGGAUGGAAUGUCUUCCUUUACGUAUUUCAGUUUAACAGGAGUGUGCUUUUUUACACUUUAAUUGCGGUGAUCUUUGACGGAUGUUCUUUCUUAAAGCGGGUUUUUCUAGCAAAUAGGACUGUGAUGUUUGUGAUCCCACUUCAAGUUUUUGUUACUAUAGCUUCUAUAGCGGAAAUGCAGGUUUUAGCUGAAGAAUCAUGGGAUUGGGGAUUAGGGUUGUAUUUUGCUGACACCUUUUGUAGCAUACUAUUAAACGUGCUCAUUGGAUUUAUGGUUUUCGAGACUGAUAGGAAUCUUGAGAAUUAUUUUGCAACGCUUAGUCUAAUUCGGCCGUUUUAUGUGGCGUUUAUUGUAUACUCGUGCAUUGCCUGUGUUUUGGGAAUCGGGAGCUUUGUAGAUUACAGUUCCAGUUGGGUAAUGGCUGUAGAGAUAGCCAGUCUUAUUUUCUAUAUUGUAAUGUUUUUCUUCUUCAGGCCAUUUGAGAAAAACAAAUAUUUUGAUCAACUUAAUCUUCAACCACAAGUGACGCCUGAGUUUGAGCUUUGA